GGCGGGCGCGGGCCGGGCCGCCGGGCGUAGGGCGAGGGCGGCGGAGGGGCUGAGCGGCUGAGCGGCCCCGCGCGGUGCGGGCCCGAUGCGGGAGCGCAGCCCGGCGCCGCGGCAGCGCUGCGGGAGGAGGAUGGCGGGGCUGGCGUGGAAGUGGCCGCGCACCCGGCUGCCCGUGGGGGCCAGCGCCCUCGGCGUCUUCGUCCUCUGCUGGCUCUACAUCUUCCCCGUGUACCGGCUGCCCGACGAGAAGGAGAUCGUUCAGGGGGUGCUGCUGCAGCAGGGCAAGGCGUGGAGGAGGAACCACACUGCGGUCGCCGUCUUCAGGAAGCUGCUGGAAGACUGCUGUGACCCUGGGCAGCUCUUUGCAAUGACAAAACAGAACUCCCCAAUGGGAAAGAACCUCUGGUUUGAUGGGGAAUUUUUGUAUUCUUUCACCAUUGACAAUACAACUUACUCGCUAUUCCCACAGGCUACACCCUUCCAGCUGCCACUGAAGAAAUGCUCUGUGGUGGGAAACGGUGGGAUUCUCAAAAAGAGCGGCUGCGGAAAACAAAUAGAUCAAGCGGAUUUUGUCAUGCGGUGCAACCUUCCUCCUCUAUCCAGAGAAUACAGAAAAGAUGUUGGACUGAAAACCCAGCUGGUGACUGCAAAUCCCAGUAUAAUUCAGAAAAGAUUCCAGAAUCUGCUUUGGUCUCGAAAAGCAUUUGUGGACAGCGUGAAAGUGUAUAAUCACAGCUACAUCUACAUGCCAGCCUUCUCAAUGAAGACGGGGACGGGACCCUCCCUACGUGUCUAUUACACCCUGAAGGACUUCGGUGCCAAGCAGGCGGUGCUUUUCGCCAACCCCAAUUUCCUGCGUGACAUUGGCAAGUUCUGGAAGAGCAAAGGUAUCCAUGCCAAACGACUUUCCACAGGACUUUUCCUAGUCAGUGCCGCCCUUGGUCUCUGUGAAGAAGUAACGAUUUAUGGCUUCUGGCCAUUCUCAGUGGAUCUGCAUGGGAAGUUUAUUAGCCAUCAUUACUAUGACAAUGUCUUGCCCGAUUCUGGAUUCCAUGCCAUGCCGGAGGAAUUUCUACAGCUCUGGUUCCUUCAUAAAAGCGGUGUACUGAGAAUGCAGCUAGAACAAUGUGAGGACCCUUUAACCCAGUCUUCUGCCUAAGGAUCAUAGCAGUUGGUCUGGGAGAUCUACUAGUUUUUAAUUUCCAUGCUCUCCGGCAGAGAGUUCUGAUUUUCUGUUGAUUCUUUUUAAAGGGAAAAUAAUUACGGAUCUGCAUGGACCGUAAAAAUGCUACUUGAAAGCCAAAUGGAAUAUGUCCUUAAUGUAUGUCUUAUGGAACUGGGAUGGGGGGGAAACAAACCUCGCCAUCAAGUCCAUUCAGCAGUAAUGUGAAAAUGAAGCAACUCAAAUGAACUUUCUGGGUGACAUUUUUAAAUGAUCGAUGUAAAAAGGGCAUUAAGGCUCAGAGAGAAAUGGGGCCACCCACAAGCUUUUGCUGACAGUGCCAAAUAUGACUGUCUGUUCAAAAAUCCAUUUCAUUCCAGAUUGGCACCUCAUAACUUCCUUAUGUUUUUUUCCCUUCCCGUGUGUGUGUGUGUAGAGGUAAGGGGUAUAGAGGAGAGUGUGUGUGUUGUUGACUUUUUUUGCUUCUUUUUUUCUUUCAUUUUUUUUUUGUUUUCCAAUGGAAGAAAGGGGGAAGGUGUGAAAGCCUGAGGAGCUGAGUACCAUCAGCUCCUAAGACUUGUGAAUGUGAAGGGUGCUAAGAAUCUGAUAGAAGAAUGUAUUGGGAAUGCCCUGCUACUGAGUGUUGAUGGACCUACCUGUUGAAGGUUUUGUCUGGAUAGUCUGGUCAUUGCACUUGCAUCUAUGUUAAUGCUACCUUAUGGGCAACAGCUGGCUAAGGUAAAUUGGCUUGAAGAUAAAAGCUGUGGUACAAAAACAAAAGCAAAGUACAACCAGGUCUCAACUGACCUGCUGUAAGAUUUCCAUAGUGACUUUGGUAGCAGGGACUGUUCCUUAUUUGUGCUGUUUUGCCUUUGCGAUUAGUUCCAUAUUCAUUUGGACUCCAGAUGUUCAGUGACUAUCAGGGGGAUUUGAGGUGUUCAGUGAAAUGCAGAAUGAGAUUCUUCAUGUGCUUAUAACAGAGAAACUGCAGAAAUGAAUGUAAGUGUCAUUUAAGAUGAGUUUAAACUUUGAAAAUCCUUUCUCUUUGUUCUACUGGCUCUUCUUUUUGGAUGUAACAUUAGCCUUAAAGACUUGUACUUCUCUUGCAAGAUUGUCUCUGGUUAAAGAGAGUCUGAAAAGUAAAACAGCCUUUGGGGGCACUGAAAAACAAUAUAGCCAGCAGGAAAACAAACAAACAACAAAAAAAACAAAAAAACAACAACAGAAAAGGCAGGCACUUACAUAAUGCAGCCUUUCUCCUCGCAAUCAGAGAAUUAUGUAAGCGUGCAUAUUGCACUCCGGCUGCUCUGGUCAGUGCAGUGCCUAAAGGACUGUUUUAUUUUUGGGUAUUACUUGGACAGCGGAUGAUCCAAUUGCCAUGUAAAUGAGAAAUCUUGUUGUUUGCUUUGUUUUAACACUGUAGGACAGGAAGAGAAUACCUACUUAGUCCGCAGUGAAAUUUCAGCUGCAAGAUGUUAUCACUGUUAACUUUAUAUCCAAAAUAAUGUUCUCCUUCUUCUACUUCUGUCAUUCGUAGAUGAAAUUCUAGUCAAAAUGUUGAAGCAACGAAACUGUCGUCAGGUUUCCACAACAAUUUCCUGUGCUACCUGUUUUAGCUCCAAAGUGCUAGUAUUUCGGGGGACGUGUCCUAUCAUAUGUUGACAAACUCUCUCUUUGUAGACUACAAGCCGCAAGUUAUAUAGAAACAAUUAAAAGGAAAAAAAAAAAAAAAAAAAAAGCAACACCCCUGGCUUUUCUUUAAAUAUGAAUAAUUCAACUGUCUAUGUAGGACAUUGAAAAAAAGCCUUGUUUUGCUUUUUAAACACGUGUUUUGGAAUAAAAGCUUCUUCCUAAGUAUGAGUAUUCCAAACAUACAGUGGGCUUCGUUCCUUUGGAUUAUAGUGUAGCUCUAAAUUACAAAGGGGAGAUUUGGAUUAAAUGCUGUUUUAGAGAUUGUUCUGAUAAAAUCUGAAUGUGCUUCUAUAACCCAUUUUAUCUCUGUCCGUGUGUUUUUCUUUUAAGUACAAUCAACACACUGAUGGAACAUCGCUGAUAAUUCAUUUGCUUGGAUUAUGUUUUAUCUACGAUGUGGGUACUCAGUAAGGAAAGAUGUUCUUUACUGCUCAUUAGGACAAAUUUUUACUGAGCUGCCUUUUGUAGAAAACAGGUGCCUGUAUGGAUCUUAUGAGAUGUAUGAAGUUUUGCACUUUCUGGUUCUCAAUAGAAGAUGCUAUCUGUGAGUACAGCAGUCAAAAUAUUACAUGUUAAGAUGACACUUCGGAAGGAUGCCAGCAUUUCCCAAUGGUGUGGGGGAAUUAGGAGAGUAGGGGAGAACUGCUUCUCUGGGCUGGUCAUUUUUGUCAUUUGCUCCAGCACUUGAGAAUUCAGUUCUGAACUUCUCUGGUGAUUCUCCAGCACCCUGAAAAUCCCUUCUCUCACAUUCUGGGAAAAUGAUCUCAGUAGAAGAAAAGAAAAAUGAGUAUUUUCACAGGAAACCUCAGUGCAGUAUUUCAUAACAGCUGGCUUGCUUGUGUUCAGUUAGUGCCCCAUGUACCUAGGAGUAUUGUAAACUCCAUCUCUGUAAGGCUGAAGCUGACUGAAUCUGUAGCUUGUGGUCUUUGUGUGUCCCUUUUGAUGUCUGCAAUCCUGAGUUUUGCAAGGAGAUGGUUUUCAAAAGGCACUGGGGAUUGAAGAGACUCAAGCUGUUCGUGUUAAGUGUGGCUAAUAUUGGAAAAAUUGAUAGCUUGGGCUCUGUUCACAUCUACUUACAGCGAAUAUAACUGCAUCUUAAAAUAGGUUUCUAUAACUUGUAGAAAACUGGCAGCGUAGGAAAGAAGAGAAACAAAAAAUGAAUUCUGCUUUUGAGAGAGCAAGUCUACAAUGGGAACUCAACAGAAACCUGUUUUAGUUGGCUGACUUAGCACUCCACACAGGCACACUGGCCAAGAAGCAGCUUUUUACCCUACAAUUGAAAAAGGGUGCAGGAGGGUUCUGUAAGUAUUUUAUGGCAAGAGCAGUCACAGAGAAAAUGAAAAUCAGUUGGGAAUCUGAGAAUGGCAACUGCCUGACUCUGGGAGUUAACACACUCCAUUCUUUCUGCUGCUUAGUGUGAAACUUCCCUGGUACAAGUCUAGGGGAAGUGGGUACAAGUCUAGGGGAAGUGGGACCCAUGUACUGGAUAUUGGUAUGAAACGUGGAGUUACUUGUAAGAGUUUGAAAUUGUAUUACUUUUGAAGAGUAAGGCUACACCAGGGAAUAGGUGUGGUCAGAUCCAGGAGGGUAACUUAAGCAUCAACAGGGAAAUCAGCUUCUCAGAGUUAGCAAGCUUUGGGCAGAAUGACUAUGUCCAUCCCGCAUUUAUCUGGGUGGUUAAUUUAUGUCCAUUGAUAGCAGUGUCCUUAGAUUUCAUUGCUUGUGUUGCUAUAUUUUCCUUGAAGUGAAUAGAAAUCUUUAGGUCUGUUAGUGAAAUUCUUUACUCCAGCUUUUCUAUUUCCACUGCCAGUCCCUGAGUUUCUCCAGUAGUGGGUUAAAGCUAAACAAGCCUGUGCCAGGUUGAAAGCUACCACAAUUCAUCUUCACUAAAAACUAAUUCAGGCUUGCCAAAUGAUUUGUUAACAUUUUUAGUUAAUAAUUUUUUCACAGAGCUGCCAAUAUACAAAAAUGCUGGAAUCACUGCUCUGUGGAGGGUGCCACCUGAUUAUAAACAAGAUGAAUUAAAUCCCUUUACAGGAGCUGUGCAUGGAGGAUAUUUGGCACUGAAAUCAGUCUGUAUAUAAUCUUUUCAGGUCCUUAAGUGUUUUUGGGGAGACUAAGGCCAAUAUAUGAACUUGUGUUAAAAGUGUGCAAAAUUCCUCCUUUCUGUUGGAUGUGAGUCUUCUGAAGCUUGUUCUAAAGCAAGCAAUUGAAAGAGAAGCUGACAAAUUAAAAUCAUAAGAGUAUAUGUGCUCAUGAGAGUAAAAGCAUUUUUAAAUUAGACACAGACUGUAAUUCUAAGGCCUCUCCUUCAUGAAUGCUGUACUUUAAUAUUUUUGCUGAUACGAAGAUUGCAGUUUGGAAUGAACUAGCCACAGAAGUCAAAGGUCCAAGCCUCUGUUACAGCUUAGUUUUUAUAGAAUGUAGAAAUAUUGGCUUCUUUAUCGACCUCAAUAAUCUCACCUUUUUGUUAGCUUCAUCAGCAUGAUGUCACAGCAUACGCUGCUGAGCCUGCAUCUCUUUAGAAGCUGAAGCUGAGCAAGGCAUCUGCUGCUUUAAACUGAAUCUCUGAAUUGUGGUAGUUGCACAAAACACUUCCUUCAUGCAUAUUUAUGAAAACUGGUUUAAUAUAUAGUUCACUGUAUCCUGAAAUUGACAGUGAGAACAGGAAUGAGGAGGUUUGUAAUCUAGAAGCGAUGAUGAAGGAGAAAGUGCUAACUCACCUUUUUCUGCUUGCUUUGGUUCUCCAUCUCAGUAGCUUAAUGAACAUUGGAACAAGUCCAGGUUACACAAAGGACAGGCAGUUCCCAAAAAGCUGGAUGAUGAUGGAAAAAAAUGAAGAUCAAAUCAGUGGUGUAAUAAAUCGGACUGUAGAAAUUCUGGAUAAAGGUUGCCCAUUCUAAGCAACUGUAGGACAUUUUCUUCUGACAGUGACUGAAAAAUGGGCUAACAUCUGUGACAUAAGGUUUUCUGCUGGGUGGCAGCAAAGCAGAAUGUGAUGGCAGCUAUUGCCACGAGGCAGUGAACUGAUUAAACAGAAAUGGAAGCACAACAGAACAAAGAUGAUGAAAAAUCCUUUUCCCUUCCCUACUUCCAUUCACUCAGAAACAAAAGUAUAACAGACUUACUAUCUAUUGUCCUAAGUCAUCACCUCCUUAUUGAAAGGAUACUAUGGGAUUUAGAGGUGGGAUAUUAGAGCUGGGGUAGUAUGGUUAAGUUAUGGUUGGACUUGAUCUUUAAGGUCUUUUCCAAUCUGAGUUAUUCUAUGAUUCUGUCUGUUAGCUGAUGUUUCUUACUGAAAAAUAGUCAGCAGACCUUGUCCAGAAGAGCCUGAUCCUCUGCUUCCUGGCUGUCCGAAGGGUGCUCUGGGGAUGCUGGGACCUCCCUAAUGACAUCUGCUCCUAAUAUCACAUAGUCCCUCCACUUUGGAUCAUCCAGGCUUUGAAGACCAACCCGCUUCUCACCCCAAAGCAUUUUUGAUUGCUGGCAAGUCUCAGAAGCACCUAUUAAAAUUGCAUCUUAAUAUGAUCUCUAUCUACUCUAUGUUGUGGUUGUGUUGGUCAACUUACUUUUGAGAUGAAUAUUUAUCCCAUCUUGAUCCCUCUAAGGCAAACAGCACUCAAAUCACCUUGAAUUUGCUGUGUUAUUUAGUGUUUUCACCUUUCAUGUUAAACCUUUUGUUUUCUUUUAGCCUAGACAUAACUAUUGUGAGUGAACCCGAAGGCAGCAUAAGAAAACAUCAUCACAAAUAGUUGUUCUCUGCAUUUAGGUUUAAGCCAUUGCUCAAUAAAACAUGGAAGAACCUUUUGAAUAA